UAAAAUGAAACCUGUCUAGGCUGUUUACUAAUUCAAUGUUCUCAAGCAAACAACAUCUUCGGAAACGUACUCCCGAAAAUGGUACUGACCGAGAAGAGUUUUUAUCAUUGUUAGUGGACGAGUAUUUGAAUUCUAAUUCGUAUGAUGCGAAGUGCCAAGUGUUAGCUAAUUUGGCUAAUUUUGGGUACGAUCCUGUGAAUUAUGAUUACAUCCGACGAGUUGGUGUCCUGGAUAUUUUUCUGUAUGUUUUGAAGAAUGAAUCUGACAUAACUUUGCUUCACUUCGCCUGUGCAGGAAUUUGCAACUUGUGCAUAGAUCAUCUGAAUGCAGAAUACAUUUUGGUAAAUGCUGGAUUGAAACCAAUUAUCGACCGAUUAGGAAGCCAACACAGUGAAACUGUUGCUGACACAAUAACAAUAUUAAUCAGUUUAUACAACAAGGAGACAGAAGCUGAUAUUAAAACUGCAGAAGUAAUACAGCGCAUGCACAAUUUAACAAAAUCAGAUGACAAAAGACUUGUAAAUUUGGCUUCUUUGUUCCUCACCAAUACUCAUAAUUAGAAUCAUGGCAUAAGUUAAAUAACAACCCUCAAGAUGUUGUCAAACAGAUUUCCGUUUCUAGUUGCAAACAACAAAAAUUACCAGAAAAUUUGUAAAAUACACACGACAUCGUUCAGCAGUACAGCUUUCAAAGCCGGCGAUAAAAUUCGAAUACAAAAGACGCUUACUCAGAAGGAUCUCGAUGCAUUCUCUAAUCUGACAAGUGACCACAAUCCGCUGCACAAGAACAACGGCAACAAGCGGCCCAUCGUGCACGGAGCGCUGCUCAACGGGCUGGUGGCGGGGCUCAUCGGCACGCACCUGCCAGGCCCCGGCACCGUGCUCGUCUCGCAGACCAUGAAGUUUCCCAACAAAUGCUUCGUUGGUGAGAAGCUGACUAUAAGUGUAGAACUGGUGGAUGUUAGAAAGAUCCUCAAAGUGAAGUUCUUCUGUAUUGUUGAAGAGGAAAAGAAGGUUGUGUUCGAGGGUGAGGCUAAACUCAUGCUAGCCAAAGACUGUUAAUUUUUUUUACGUAACUAAGCAAGAAAAUAAACUAAUGUACAUGAUAAGAUAAUAUAAAUAUUGUUAUUUUUCCAUACAAGCGAAUUAGUCUUAAAGUACCAGUUUUCUCACUCUCAAGUACCUGAGAUUGCGGCAAUGAAGCUUUUUACAAAUUUUAAUCGGUUUUUCACGAAAAUCACGAACGAAUUACCUUAAUGAAACAAUCGGGGAACUGAAUAAAUAAACUCUUCCAAAUUCUAUUAAUAUUUUGACAAUUGAUAUGUGAACGUUCGUCUAAGAAAUGAACGUUCAAGAAUACUUCACCACACAAAUAUAAUAUUAUCAGUAUUAUGCACAAAUGUUAUGUUACACUAAUAACAAUACCAUGUUGGUUACAUUACUAGCAAGACAGCAUCACUUGUAUGGAUACUUCCGUUGAUAAUCAUCCUUUAGUCCUUCAUAUAAUGAUUAGAUUUUAAUAAAGUUUAUAUAUAUGUUUAAGCUUUGAUUACUAUUUCGAUAUAUUAUAAUGCAUGUAAGCGAAAAUCUAUAAUAUGAAAUGUGAUUUUAAUAUAAUAAAAACUAUAGUGUGCCAAUAAAUAGGUUCUAACUCUUGGUUAGAUUAUGAACUCUUGUGAAGUACAAUUUAGGAAUUAUUCUACUAUAAUUAGAAUGUAAGUCCCUGAUUUAAAUACUUAUCUCUAAAAAGUUCAUCUGAAAGUCCAUUAUAGUCGGUGAUUAUAGUCAAUAACUUGUUAAGACUGAUAGUCUCUAAUUUAUAAUUUGUAUUCACAUUUAGACAUCAUUAAUUGAAAAGGAUUCAAUCGUUUUUACGUUUACCGCUAACUGAACGGUAUCUUACCGAUAUGUUUUCAACUUUCAAAUGAUAAUUUCUUACGCUGAACGUAUGUUUUUAUGCGACUGUUUAUUCGCGAUAUGGACGCCCAUAGCAAGCCGCGCGAGUAAAGUUGUAAGUGAAAUCCGCAACGCGCGCCCGCGUCUCUCAUCGGCGAUGUUGCAUUUAUUUAUUGUCUUGACUGUACUAUCACGUUUUUCACGGAAAAUGGCUAGUUCAAAACACGGGCCAGAUGAAAUAGUUUGCCACAAAUUUGUUUUGCACUGGUUGGUGGCUAAUAACUAAAAACACUAGCUUUUUAUUAUGUCAGUUAUGCAAGGGGAUGUAUGUAAAUAGUUGAUUAAGGAUUAUAUAAUCUCCAACACAUUAGUAGCGGAUACUAUUGUAUUUUCUAUACACAUGCAUGACAAAUUUCUGAAACUUGAAAUUAUAAAUUAGGGUUCCUAGUUUGACUACGAAACUCUGAAUGUACAUCCUAAUUCUAGAUAUGUUAUACGUUAUAUGUGAAGGUACCUAUGCUAGAAUGUUGGAUUACUGAACGCAUCAAUUAUAAAAGCAACAUUUACUUGCUGAUUAUCUAUAAGAUAUCUACUUUUAAACAUACAAUCUUUCUGAUUAAUUAUUGUAACCUGAUUCCUGGGGAUAUUCUCUAAAGGAAUAAAAAAACGAAACUAACAUUAUUGUUUGAUGUGCCUCGGUAAGAAUAAUAAACAAAACGCUGGCAAAUAUUUGGGUAAGAUUGUUUUUAGUCACCAUUGAAACAACAGAAAAAUAUUACCAGUAGGUAGUUUAACGGUUUAUCACAGGUCGCUUGAAUAACUAAUGUGCAAUUUUAACUGAUAUUACUUUGUCUUUUAACUCAGUACAACAAACAAGUACCUACCUACAGUCAACCCUAAAGAAUGUGUCGGAAUAUUACUCGUUUUUAUAUUAAACUAUUUUUAAACUAAUAGUUAUUUGAGCAUUUACCACUACAUAAUA